GGUUUGGGCGUUUCCUCAAUAUUUUGUUUUCAAGUUUCGCGGUUGUUGCCCCAAAUCCUCCUCUCUCUCUCUUCCUCUCUAUCCCCCUUUACUGAAAUUCUUCGUUGAAACCAUCAUAUUCAUUGAUCGAUUAUCCUUCUCGCAGACAUCAAAUGCUCUGACUAGAUUGGAGCUUCAGAAUCGUGGCAAAGGGAGAUCUGAUGGGCCCAGCAAAAAAGUCUAGAAGUGUGAACAAACGAUUUUCAUAUGGUAAUGAGAUACCACCAACUAAAGAUGGAGAUAACACCUACAAGAAAAACCAGCGGAAAAAGAAGUUGUCGGAUAUGUUGGGCCCACACUGGAGCAAGGAAGAGCUGGACCAUUUUUAUGAAGCUUAUCGUAAGCAUGGGAGAGACUGGAGAAAGGUGGCUUCAGCUCUCCGAAACCGCUCUGUGGAAAUGGUGGAGGCUGUUUAUUCUCUAAAUAAGGCAUAUUUAUCUCUUCCAGAGGGAACAGCCUCUGUUGCAGGGUUUAUUGCAAUGAUGACUGAUUAUUAUAGCAACAUGGAAGAUAGAGAUAGUGAACAAGAAAAAAAUGAUGGUGUGGGAACAUCCCGGAAGCCACAAAAACGCUUGCAGCGCAAAGUUCCUGAGACCAUACCUAAAGGCUCUGUUGACCGUAUUCAUUUGCAUCCAGGGGCAGUUUUGUCAGAUUAUGGUUGCAUGUCUUUAACAAAGAAGAAGCGCUCUGGUGGAAGCAGACCUCGUGUUGUUGGAAAAAGGACACCUCGUUUCCCUGUCUCACAUUCUCACGAGUAUGUCAAGGGCGAAAAGUCUUUUUUGCCAACAAGGAAAGGGAUAAUAAAACCCAAGGCAGAUGAUGAUGAAGAUGUUGCUCAUAGUAUAGCAAUGGCAUUGGCAGAAGCUUCAAAGAAAGGUAGUUCUCCAAAUAGAAGAGCUUCCAGUCUAAUGUCAUCACCUUCUCAGAGUGCUGAAAGAAUGUAUGAUGAGUCAGAUGUGGGUAGUGGUUAUGGUGAGGAUAUAGAAGGUAGCAUGGAAGCUUGUAAUACAGAUUUUCCAAGGGAUAAGAGUAAAGAAAGAAUAAAUGCUGGUUAUGUGUUACAUGAUCGAAAAGGAUCACAAGGGAAAAAAGUACGAGUUGAUAAAAAAGAAAACAAACAUUUAGAUUAUAUACGGGAAGCUUGUAGUGGCACAGAAGGGCAUAAUUUAAGUACACUAAGAAGAAAUUUUGAACUUUCUGAUGCAAAACCUUCAAAGUCUUCUCAAGGUUCCAAGAAAAGAAGUAAAGGAGCUCAUACUGGCAGAGAUGAAAAUUCUGCCUUUGAUGCACUGGAAACUUUGGCAAAUCUGUCUUUGAUGAUUUUACCCGAGGCAAAUGGAAAUGGGAAAGAUGAACUUGUUGAAGACUCUCAUCUACUGCUAUCUAUCCCUAUAAGCACAAGCCACCAGGGAGAGAAGCGUAAAUCAUCAGUUCCUAAAAGGAGUCGGUCAAUUUCUAUAUUAGAAGCUGCUGACAACAAAGCCCAGACAUCAGGCAAAGACUCGGUUAAUGACACCAAUAUUGCUUCAGAAGCAAAGGAAUCACAUCACUUAAUUACUAAAGUCUCCAGAAAGAGACAGAAGAUCGUGGCACCCAAAAUUCCAAAAUCUGAAGCUGCUAUUCAUACAACUGGUAAAGAGUGUCUGGAGUCUGAGGCUACAGAGAGUAAAAGUAUACCCCAGUUGGCCAAAAAUGACAAACAUACCCCUUCUAGUAUUGACACAAGAAAGGAAGUAGACAUACGUACCAAAGUCAGGAGCAAGCAUAAGCUGUUCAAACCAGACACUCUUUUUGAUGCAGUUGGAAAAGACAAGCCAAGGGAAGAACUUUCUAAUUGUCUAUCAAACAAGCUGAUGCGAAGAUGGUGUGCAUGUGAAUUUUUCUACAGUGCAAUAGACGACCCUUGGUUUGCCAAACAGGAAUUCGUUGAGUAUUUGUAUCAUGUUGGUUUAGGCCAUGUUCCAAGAUUAACCCGUGUUGAAUGGGGUGUUAUCAGAAGUUCUCUUGGGAAACCACGGAGGUUUUCAAUUAACUUUUUGAAGGAAGAAAAGGAGAAGCUUAAUCAAUAUCAAGAUUCUGUUAGGACACAUUAUACUGAGCUUCGUUCUGGUAGUAGAGAUGGAUUACCAACAGAUCUUGCUAGGCCAUUAUCAGUAGGGCAACGUGUUGUAGCUAUCUAUCCAAAAACAAGAGAGAUUCAUGAUGGAACUGUAUUGACCGUAGAUCAUGAUCAUCACAGGUGUCGUGUUCAAUUUGAUCGACCUGAGCUAGGUGUUGAACAAAUCAUGGAUACCGAUUGCAUGCCCUUAAAUCCUUUUGAGAACAUGCCUGCAUCACUGAUGCGUCAAACACCUGUUGGCAAGUUCUUGGAGAGCUUAAAUGAGGUCAAAAUAAAAGAUCAGAGAUUAGAAGGUUACACAAACACAAAGUCCACUUCUCGUGAACAAUUAGAGAACAUGUAUGAUGCUGCUUCAAUUAAGUCCAAUUUGCUAUCUAGAAAUCAUCAUGGGACCCACUCUGCACCUGGUACACUUGCACAAUUUCAUGCAAAAGAAGCUGAUGUUGAAGCCAUUGCUGAACUGACCCGUGCUCUUGACAAAAAGGAGGCUGUGGUUUUUGAGUUGAGGCGAAUGAAUGAUGAUGUGUUGGAAAACCAAACGGAUGGUGAGUUUGCUCUUCAGGAGUCAGAUGCUUUCAAAAAGCAAUACGCAGCUGUUCUUGUACAGUUAAAUGAAGCAAAUGCUCAGGUUUCUUCUGCUUUGUUUCGCUUGAGACAACGCAACACAUAUCAGGGCAACUUCCUCCUCACAACCUCGCCCAAGACAGUGGCCACAGAAGACUCAAAAUGUCAAGUCAAUGAGAUUGUUGAGAUAUCAAGAACCAAGGCUCGUACAAUGGUAGACAUAGCCAUACAGGCGAUUUCAUCGCUGAAGCUUGAUCCUACGGUUGAGAUUGACAAGGCUGUUGAUUAUGUAAAUGAUCGGCUUCCGUUGGAUGAUUCCUUUGUGACUGUAAAAGCACCUGAUUCUAAGUCAAUGAAGUCAAAUCCUUGUGAUUUAAAUAGAGCAUCAGUCCCCUCUGAACUGAUAACUCAGUGUGUGGCUACUCUGUUCAUCAUUCAGAAAUGUACAGAAAGAGAGUUUCCACCAGCGGAAGUAGCGAGUAUAUUGGAUUCAGCAGUGUCUAGUUUACAACCGUGGUCCCCACAGAAUGUGCAGGUAUAUGCAGAGAUACAGAAAUGCAUGGGGAUAAUUAAGAACCAGAUUUUAGCUCUAGUACCAACCUAACUUAACUUAAUUUUUCUCAAUUAAUUAAUUGUACAUGCGAAAUUGUCAAAGGACUGAAUUUCAGAUUCUCAAUCUUUGGUAUCAUUUCUCUCU